CUUUCAGGCAUCGCUAAGGACAACUAAAACACGGGGUCCUCUGUUGAAGGACCACGCGGAGAAGUAAACAGAAAAGAAAUAUGUAUGCCAGCGUUAAUUAGCAUACAAUCAUCGAUUUUAGUCGAAUAAACUUUGUUCCAACGUGCAGUUCAUCACGACACGAUGUCAGAGGAUAACGAACUAGAAAAGCGUGCAGUAGAGGAGCUCCUAAAUGAGACUGACAGGGCUCGAGUGAGAGCGGAGACCAUGGGCCCUGCAGGAUGGUUAAAGUGUCCCGUGCGGAGCAUGAACAAGCGCUUCCUCCUCAACACCCUGCGCUCCACCGGCCUGCAGCGACGCACCAGUGAGUCCAGAGACCGACACUCCUCCACGAGAGGGCGCCGGAGCAGCGAGUCCCCAGACAGAAGCCGCAACCGCAGCAGAACACCUCCCAGAGAUCCCAGUAGUAAUGGAGGCCACACAGACCAUAAACAUCAUCACAGAGACAGCUGCAAUAACAAAGAUAAGAACCAGGAGAGGAGUUACAGGCACAAAGACAACAGAGAGCGGAGACAUGGGAGGGAUGGCCAGAAGAGAGACAAAGACAGACUUCGUAAAUAAAGACUUUUGUCCGGGGGAGGAACCCUGAUUUUACAGAAGCCACUCCCUGUCCUGGCAGUUGAGAGGUGGACACUCCUGAACCUGCUCUCUGACUACUAGCUAACACACCUUACAGAACUGCUAGCAAACUAAGAGACCUGUCCUGUCCCCUAUCUGAGAAGACAUGCAUUUAAGUUUGUGCUGAUGGAGGAUGUUCUUACAUUGUAGUUUCCUGACAGUUCACUUUUGAAAUAACAACAAUUGUGUAAUUGGUUAGCUAUAUGUCCUCCCUUAAAUUGCUCCUAAAGCCAGUAGCCACCUUAUUUUACCUACAUUGGAGUAAAUAAAUCUCCUAGUGGCGUUAUUGUUCAGGAAAUCAGGAGUAGAACUUUUUAUUAGCCCACAUUUUCAUGCCCUUGCUUCUCACAUGAUUAAUGUUUAGUGUAAUUCUGUUUCACCCACAGUAGAAGAGAUUUGAUUUCAAUUAUAAUGACGUUACCAUUCUUCUGUCAUUAUUCACAGCCAUAAUGUUUACAUAAGCCAUGCUGCUGUCGCCACUGAGUAAGCAGUUUUUUAUCGCAUGUCUGACUUUUUGGACAUGUAUAUAUGGGCUUUCAGAAACAGUUUGCCAAAGGAGAAAAGAAAGUUGUAUUCCUGACACUCCUGUGUGUUCUGGUGAAUAAGUGGUUUCCAGCAAUGGUUUAGUAUUAAUACGUUUCUUAUUGAUAUUAUUAAGGCUGUAAUAACAACAAUAGCAAUAAAAUAAUAAUUAGAAAUAUUCUAGUGAUUAAGCUCGUACAUACAUGAGGUGUUUCCACGUGUUAUUUCAGCACAACAGAUGGACGUGCUCAAGCAUUGAAAUUGGUGCGGUUUAUAUCAAUCCCAUUUGGCCUGUCUCCAUGUAUGUAAGCUUUCACUCUUUUAUUGGUCUACACAUCGUUUUAUAAACGUGGUAACUG